AUGUCGGAACACUGGAAAUCGACGCCCAAAUACUGGUGCAAGCACUGCUCGUGCUACGUGCGCGACACCAAACUCGAGAAACAGAAUCAUGAGGCAACGGCCCGGCAUCAAGGUGCGCUCAAGCGGUCGCUGCGCAAUCUGCACUACGCCCACGAGCGGGAGGAGCGCGACAAGGCGCGCGCGCAACAGGAGAUCGCACGGCUCAACGGCGUCGUCUCGUACAGCAGCGGUGCCCGGGCGGCGACAAACGCUGCACUGAUCAAGCCCGCGGCACCCACCGAGUCGGAGCUGAAGAAGCAGCGCGAGCAGCUCGCCGAGCUCGGCGUGGCGAUACCGAGCAGUUUCCGGCCCGAGAUGGCAAUCGCUGGCGAAUGGACCGUCACGAGCUCGCGCGUCGUUGCGAGCGAGGGCGAGGAGGGGAGCACAAAGACGGAGACAGUGGCGACAGGGGUGCGGAAGCGGGAGGAGGCUACCGAGGAGCACAAGGAGGAGGAGGAGGUUUUGGAGCGGCUCUUCAAGAAGCCGCGGAGAUGGGGCAGGGACUCCAAGAUGAUGGCGCAGGGCGAGGAUCCGGAACUGGACGCCCUGUUGAGCGGGACGACGAUCCCUCUCAAGAAGCGGCCCAGCGACGGGGAUGGGGUGUUCAAAGAGGAAAAGGCUGCGGACGAUGGCACUCAAGUGAAAAGGGAAGAGGGCCAAGACACGAGGGUCGACGGGGUCAAGGCGGACGGCGUCCCGAUCAAGCAGGAGGUUGACACGCAGGCUGGCCAAGGGCUGGCCCUGGGUGCCAAUACCGCGGGAACUGACGGCGGGACAGUACCGGUGGUGUUUAAGAAGCGCAAGGCCAAGGGUAUUCGGACAAAGUGA